GCCUGGGCAGCGGCGACGGCGGCUCGGCGCUGAAGGCGGUAGCUGCGGCCGCGCCCUUGCCGGAGAGGGUGCGUCCUGCCCGGCUCCCGCCGCCGGUCCGCGGGGUUCCAGAGGAUGGAGGAUUCCCAGGAGACUUCGCCGUCCUCCAACAACUCCUCGGAAGAGCUCAGCUCUGCCCUGCAGCUCUCCAAGGGCAUGUCGAUCUUCCUCGACAUACUGAGGAGAGCAGAUAAAAAUGAUGAUGGAAAAUUGUCCUUUGAAGAAUUCAAAGCGUAUUUCGCAGAUGGUGUUCUGAGUGGAGAAGAAUUACAUGAGCUUUUCCAUACCAUUGAUACACAUAACACCAACAAUCUUGACACAGAGGAACUAUGUGAAUACUUUUCUCAGCACUUGGGUGAAUAUGAGAAUGUACUGGCAGCACUUGAAGACCUAAAUCUUUCCAUCCUGAAGGCAAUGGGCAAAACAAAGAAAGAUUACCAAGAGGCCUCCAAUUUGGAACAAUUUGUGACUCGAUUUCUGUUGAAGGAGACCUUAAAUCAGCUGCAGUCUCUGCAAAAUUCCCUUGAAUGUGCCAUGGAAACGACUGAGGAGCAAACCCGUCAAGAAAGGCAAGGGCCAACCAAGCCCGAAGUCCUGUCAAUUCAGUGGCCUGGAAAACGAUCAAGCCGCCGAGUUCAGAGACACAACAGCUUCUCCCCCAACAGCCCUCAGUUUAACAUCAGCGGGCCAGGCUUAUUAGAUGAAGACAACCAGUGGAUGACCCAGAUAAACAGACUACAGAAAUUAAUUGAUAGACUGGAAAAGAAGGAUCUCAAACUGGAACCACUAGAAGAAGAAGUUAUUGAAGGGAAUACUAAAUCUCACAUCAUGCUUGUGCAGCGUCAGAUGUCUGUGAUAGAAGAGGACUUGGAGGAAUUCCAACUUGCCCUGAAACACUAUGUGGAGAGUGCUUCCUCCCAAAGUGGUUGCUUGCAGAUCUCUAUACAGAAGCUUUCAAAUGAAUCUCGCUACAUGAUUUAUGAGUUCUGGGAGAAUAGUAGUGUGUGGAAUAGCCAUCUUCAGACGAAUUAUAGCAAGACGUUCCAAAGAAGUAACGUGGAUUUCUUGGAAACUCCAGAGCUCACAUCUACUAUGCUAGUUCCUGCUUCAUGGUGGAUCCUGAACAAUAACUAGAUGUUCCUAAGAAUUUUCUGUGUGUUUCCAAGUGCAAAACAAAUGUUCUUAUUUAAAAUGUGAGUUAGAAAAUUCUUUGUUUGUUAAUCAGUAUGCUUUAUGUGCAGACUUGAAAAUGUAGUCUAAAACUUUAUCAUUCACGUGAAUUUUAGCUCAGUUUUCAAAGUUCAAUAUUUGAUGCUAAGUGUUUUGCUACAUUCUAAUCUGAAACCCUAUUUAGUGGUAAAAUCCUAAUAUGUGAAGAAACAUGGAGAUGAAAAAUAUUUAAAGGGGUAACUUUUAGAGAAUUACUUCCUAGAACAGAGUUUGUUACUUCCUAGAACAGAGUUUGUACCCUCUCACAUGCCAUAUAAAGGGGUAAAGUGAUGUUUUGUGAUUUUAAGUAACUCAUUUUGUGAGUGAAGUUUAUUCUUCAAUAAUACCUGCCCCAUUCCCAACUCAUGACCCCUUGGGCAUUUGUUUUAUAUUAAAAAGUUAAUAUGUAGUCUGUAAACCUAUAGAAUAUCCAUUUGUUAGCUUACAAACUAGUUUUUCACGGUAGGUGAACAAUUUUGUGAUGUUAGGGUACUAUUCAGUAAUAUAAUACCAUAAUUCCCAAUAUGUAAGAUUAACAAGUUAAGAAAGUUUUACACUUCAGGAGAAUCUGGCUCAAAUUUUAUGACAUAUGGGUUUUGGUAUGUGAUGUGGAGGGUUAUUUUAAAUUAAAUAACUUCAAAAUACUUUUAAAAUGUUUUUAACUGAAUAAAGACAAAAUAUAAAACAUUAUUUAUAUUCAUAGAAUAAUACAGAAAAUAAUGGGCAGAAAAUUCACUUUCUAGUUUCAACACUAAAACAACUGUAGCUCUAAAACUAUAUACUUUAUACAUACUCUGGUCUAAAAGCUCACAAAUUAAAUAUUUUGAAUAUUAAAACCUCCUGUUCUCAUUAUAAAUCCCUCUAAUUAAAAUAAAUGCAUAUUGAAAUUUAUCAGCAUGUUAUUCUCUAGUUCAAAUUCCUAGACUACAAGUCUUCUGUGAAAACAUUAUACCGUAAUUUUUCCCUAACUAACUUUUCACUAUUGGAAAACUCAAAAAUUGAACUAAAAUUUUAUUUUUUAAUAUAAAAAUGAUCUAAAAUAUUUUCUGAAACUAAUUUAUGGAAUACAAGCUUUUACUGACCUAAAAAUUAAAGAAUGUAUAACUAGACAUAGGUAGUAAAUUUUGACUAUAUACAUAUAUAUAUAUAUAUAACACUCAUACAUAAGUGUGUGCGUAUAUAUAUGUCUCUGGUCUGUUCUAAAGAUGACAAAUGCAUCUGAAAGCAACAUCUGGCUCAACUCUUUUAAUUCCUACAUAAAGCAAAGAACAACAAUAAUAGAGAUGUACAAUGAUUUAAACAAGCUACACAUAUGUACAAAGGCAAGUAGAUAAUAAACAGUCUUUGCAGUCUCACUCAGAUUAUGUACAGUAAGAAAGGAUCACCUGACUUUGAAGCCUAGGGGAUUUGGUUAAAACCUAGGGGACUUAAAUGGUUAAAAAUGGUUCCAAUAAAGACAAAUCAUAGCCAAUCAAAACCAUUGCUCUGGCUGGUCCAUUUCAGUAUCAGAUUUAGAAAGCACCUCAAGUCUUUUGCUUACUAGGCAGUUUCCAAAGUAGCAUAGUAGGAAUGACUGCAAAGGGUUCUGCCCUGAGAAUAGUGUUCAACAGAAGUGCUCUCUAGAUUCCAAAUUGGAAUAAGUUCUAUCAUAUUUUUUAAACUCGAAUCAAAAGCAUUUGAGAAUAGGCAAACUAUUAAGCAUACCAAUUUAAUCAUAUGGUAAUUAUGACCCAAGCUCUUAUAUAAAUUAUAGCUAUUUCUGCAUGUGUAUAUAUUCAUUUUCAUAUUUACAGUCUUUCAUAUUUAAUGACAAAAAGAAAAUGAAAAAUUGGACCCUAUAUAUAAAUAUCUUUUUAAAUUAACCAAUAAAUUUAUGGUUAAUGAUUUUUAUUCCUUUUAAAAUGAUCCAUAUUUCUGAGAAAGUAAUGAAAAAUGAAGAACUGAAAUACAAAGAUGGAAACCUACCAUGGACAAAAGCUUGAAUCUGGGUAACAAGCAAGAGCUGGUGAAGAGAAAGGUACUGGUUUUUAAGAAUUCAGAGUAAGAUAAUCAUGCUGCCAAAUACGGGCCUUGAACUGCUUGCCAGUAGACUCAAGGAUAUGAGAGAACAGAAGUAGGGAGAGUUUACACUUACCUUUAUAACAACAUUUUUUGGGCACUGUGCUGGAAGAAACUUCUUUUUUACACUAAGGGUAUCAUCCAAAGUGGCAAAUUUGCAGGAGAUUUAUUGUAUGAAAUGCUUAAAUCCCCAAAUUCUUCAUUCUGACUUGUUGUUGACAUAAGAAAUUACAGAAUUGAAACCUAAUAUACCUGAAUUGUUUUUAAAUGCCUAAAUUUCUUCUUUUUGGAACAGAAAGUAUCAGUUCUGUUUUGGCAAUUACUCAAUUUCUGUUCAUAUGGUCUGCUUAGUGACACAAGUAACAGCUAUUUUUCCACUUCAGUUCCAUAAAUUAGUUUCCAAAUUUUCAAUCUCUGCUAGUAGCUAUGAAUCUAAGAUGUUAAUUUAUUGUUGAAAACUUAGAAACCAAUCAUAUAUUUUAUCAAAAAUGGCCACUUAAAAAUUCUCCUUCCUGUCAAGAAAACUAUGUAUUGAACAUCACAAAUCAUUCUAAGCUUCUAGAGAGAUUGUAAAAAUCCUUUCAAGUGCUAGUAUGAAAUCAGUGAGAAACAGAAAAGCAACAAGAAGUAUAUACCAUACAUACAUCAUAGCAAAUACUUUAUAUUUGAGAAUCUUUUCAGCUUGCAUUUCCAUUCCAUUAUUACAAGUGAUGAAAAACAAAAAAAAAUUGCAAGUAGCAUACAAAUUAUAAAUACACAGUCUUCCCACUUCACUAAGCAAAUUCUUACUUUCUAGUGUCACUUCCCAAUUUAUGCAGGUAACUGCCUGCAAAGCUGAAACUGAUUAGAAAAUUCUUUAUAGUUUAAAAUAUCUUUCUCAUUUUAGGAAAAACCAAAUAGCCAACCAUGAAAAUUAAAAAUAAAUUCAAUUGUCACAGUUCAUUGCAGUUAUUGUUACUAAGAUCCACUUCAUUUGUAGGUGUCCAAAAUAUAAAAUAAAUAAUUAUCUUCAAAUUCAUGUGUUCUUAGAAUGCUACUUAAAACUUUGGUUGUUUUCCUGUAAUAUAGAAGAGAAAGUAUCAUCAAUUAAUUAGUUUAUCAAACCAAACACUGUAAACCUAUUAAGUGUUUACUGAUCUAAAUGCAUGUUACUAUAGAAACUAUUAAAAUAAGUAGAAUUUGUCAAAUAGCAAAACAGUUAUUCUGUGUUUAAUAAUGCAUACCUAAUUCAUUUUCAUAAUAUAUUAAAUUGUAUUCCAAA